AUGAGUGCACGGUACGGAACAAUCAGUGGAUUGCUGGGCUUCAUCACACCCGACGGACCCAACAACUCGUCCGAGUUUGCGGUGGAAAUACUUCCCGAGCCUGACGAUCCCGUCCCACCGAGACGAACGCGGAAAAGAGAUAGCCUUCGAAAGAUCAGCGUCCGCCAGCUGGUUAAUCGCAUCGAGCACCGAGCUGUCGAAUCACUGGAGCGCAAUUUCGGGGGACGUUUUUCGGGGCGCCUUCGCAGGGAUAAGCAGGAAAAUGAACCAUCCGCAUCCGGGAGCACCAGUGAGCCAGAGAAGGUGGAACCUGCAAAAAUCCCCACGGAUUCGUCGGAGCGGACCUGUUACAUAGUGCGCUUGCACGAUUCCAGCCCAACGACGGCUCUCUCGCUCGAACUCAGCGCCACGGACGGCGACCAGCGGGACCUUAUCGAGUGCGAUAAGAUAGGCGCAGAUAGUGCGGAAUGCAGCCCUCGCGAACCAAACGAUGAGUCGGGGCAGAUCGGCGACAUGAAACCACCGAGCACCCCUAGCAUUGACCGUGAAGAUUCCGGCCGGUGGAGCAUUUGUUCAGACUUUGAAAAAGAUUCUCUACCGGACGUGGAUGACAUUUGUGAUACGUGGAAUGAGUUCAUUUACCUCCGGCUGUCAGAGGCAAAUGCAAAGCAUUUGAACUCCUUCAAUCCAGACUUCGAAACGGCCUCAUUCGACGAGUUCUACCAAUCAGCGGAAGCGUCGAAUACGAUCAUCUCUCUGCAGUUCACACCGUACGAGCUGCACCAAAUCCUCCACGGUUAUCUAGACCACGAGCAGGAUGACAACAGCGACGUGGAGGAUGACACCCGCUCGCAAUCCUCCAACACCUCAUCCGACUCCGAUUGCGUCUUCGAAGAUGCUCCCCUGCAAGGACUCGAACCGGUCAAUGUCACCCCAUCGCUUUAUUCGCUCGACGAAGGGGUCGCCUUCAGGGACAGCCCUGUGGAAUCACCGGAACCACAUCUGCUGCAGCGGGAUAUUGACAUGAAAAUCGCCUUUCUCGUCGAAGAACUUCUCGAUACGGAGCGCAGUUAUAUCGACACGCUGGAGAAGGGCAUCGGAAUCUACAUUGAUGGUGUGUUCAACGAUCAAACGCCACCUGAGCUGUGCGGGAAAAAGUACCACCUCUUCGGGAACCUCCAGUACAUCCAUCAGUUCCACCGGAACACUUUCCUGCCCCGGUUGCUGACGGCGGGUACCGAUGUUGAACUGAUCGCGGAUGCAUUCGUGCACUUUCUCGACAACGAUAGCUUCUACGGGUACGUUCUGUACUCGAUGUACCAUCCCAAGUCUCAGCGCAUGUGUGAGCAGCACAUCGAGUUCUUUCGUGCGCACCAGCAACUCCACGGUGAUAAGCUGGGCGUGAAGAGUUUGAUCCUUCAGCCGAUCCAGCGGUUGCCCCGGUACCAGAUGCUGCUGGCCAGCCUGUUCAAGCAGCUGGUGAAAAAGCCGGGCGCGAUCAGUCGAAACACCCAGCUGCACAAGGUGUGCGUGGCAGAAAAACGCCUCCAAACGCUGAUCGGCAUCAUGAACGAGUCUGUCACGAUAAAUGACGUCCUGCAGUGUGAGAAGGCAGAAGACGAUGAGGUAGAACUAGGCUUCGGUGUUCCAAAGCCGGCGAUCGUGCUGAAAAACCAGAACCACGACAAUCAGGUGUUGUUUCUCUACCCAAAGGACAACGAUAACGUUGAUCACAAUAAGCCUAUAAACGUCCUACAUCAAGGGAAAUUCCGCAGCGUGUUUCCGGUGUUCAUCAACGAGCUGCGGCUGAAGCGCCACUACCAAGGACAGCUGUUCGUGUUCGAGCGGUGCGUGAUCUACACCGAACAGCUCGAUCUCAAGUGUCUCACGUACCGCGGUCACUACACGCACCAGGAGAUCGAGUUUGACUUCAGCAAUCGACAGAUCCUGCGACUCUCCUCUCGGCGACACGAUCGGCUCGAGAUCGAGGUUAAAGUCAACAUCCAAAACCCAGGAAAAACACACCUACCCGACGUCAUGAUGGCAAUCAAAGCGAUCAUCGAUCGGCGAGAUCAACGGGAAAGCUUUGCGCUCGACACCGGGGACUCGCUGUCCGUGUUACGGGACUCGUUCUCAUGCCGCAACGCUAGCUUUCGCAGCAGCUUCUCCAGCAUGACCAGCGUGUCCAGUAGCUGCAGUGCGUUUAGCACUCCGAUGACGAUCAGCACCGCGAUUGAAGAGGACGCCCCAAGCUCGCCAUCUCACCGCACGGGCAGCGUUCUAUCGGACUGCAGCUCCAUCGGUUCGAUGCUCCACUUUCAGCAGCAGUUCGAGCGCUCACUCGAGGAAGGCGUAAAGCUGUACAUUCGUGCGCUACCAGCUGAUGUUGUUGGGCAGCUUGAGGAGAUGGCCGAGAUCCUUGACGAAAUGUUGCGCUUUCAGCGUGCCGUCAACUACCGACUGUUUGAGGACGAAUACCAGCGGCUCAGCUAUGACAGCGAUGUACAGUACUUCUGCAGCAUCUUCCGGGACUGCUGCCAGCGUAGUGAGUUCGACGUUUUCCUACGGUACGUCGAGCACGUCAAAACAGUCGAAUCGAUGCUGAUGAGUUUCGAGCAGUACUCAAACGGACCGACCAAAACGAUCACCGGCUCGGGCACGCUAUCCGUCGAUGCAUUUCUUUACCUCCCGAUAAAGUACAUCAACCGGUGCAACCAAUUCUUCAGCGUGCUAUCUGCCCAGAAGGAGGACAAUCGAUCGUCGGACUGUGCCACCAUUAGUGACGCUCAGCUGCGUUACGUCCACGAGCAGAUGAGGCUCGUACAGCGCCGAGUGAACGAGAACUACCAAAUCCGACAGCUCAUCAUCGACGUGGAGUUCCUCAACGAGAUCGGGCUCGUGAAACACUCCGAGAUCGUGAAGCUAGAGGGCUCGUACGCUCUCUUCCGGUUGAUGCUCACCAAAACCGGGCUACUAUGCAUGAAAAUCAACGCGGAACAGCACAAAAUCGAAACGUACAGCAGCGUCACGUUCUACUGCCCCUACACGAAAUCGACGGCACGGACCAGCAAACGACACGGGACGAUCUGGCACGUUUACCUCGACAAACGGAAGACGACACUGACCUUUCCAUCGCGCCAGCUGCGCUACCUCACGAUCGAGCAGUACAACGUGCUGUCGGAGCAGAUGCGACGCCAGACGAAGGAGCGCGUCAAGAAACGAUCCUUCUUCUACGUCACAUGAAGGUCAGCCAGAUCAAAGGGUAACUCGUCCCAGGGGAAGCCACCAGGAAUGUGCAACCAGAUCAGAGUUUUCCGCUCACCGAUGUACGAAAAUCGUCGGCAAUAAAUUAUUCCAUUUGAUGUAGUGCGCUGUGU